AAGACGCGUGAGAUUGAGAGAUAGCCUUUGGAGGACACCAAUUUUUGUUGAAAUAAUUGGAUGUCUUAUAGCAAACCACAUCAAAACCAUAAAACCCGCGAAUGCCGCUUUGUCCAUUACUAAAUUACAAAUUCAGUUUCUACACCACCGUUGCUUUUCUUUUUCUUCUUCUUUCUCCCAAAAUUUGGUGUCUUUAAAUCAAAUUCUCCACACCCACUUUUAGAAUUCCAAACUCCUACAACUGGGUUGGAGGAAAAACAAGAAGAAGUAGUGGCCGUAUAUUUUUUCGUUAUGGAGAGACAAUAUGGAUCAAAUAGUUUGAGUCCAUGUUCCUCCAUUUCUAAUGGGGUUCUUCAAGAAACUGUAGAUGUCACUAAAUGUUUGGCGGAAGCCAAUGAAUUAAUCGAAGCCAUUGGGGCUUUUUCUGGGUUUCGAAAGACCCAAUCUAAGGAGUGCUUGAAUUUGGUUAGGAGGUUGAAGAUGCUUGUUCCUUUGUUGGAGGAGAUUAGAGACCUUCAUGAUAUGCUUCCUGCUGAGGCUUUGAGUUCCCAUAUUUCUCUUUUGAAAGAGGCUCUUGUUUUGGCCAAAAGGUUACUGAAGAAUUGCCACAAUGGGAGUAAGAUUUACCUGGCAUUUGAGAAUGAGGCUGUGAUGGCAAGGUUUCAUGCUGUUUAUGACAAAUUGAAGGAGGCCCUUGAUGGGAUACCUUAUGAUGAGCUUGGAGUCUCAGUUGAAUUGAAAGAGCAAGUUGAGCUCAUGUCGACACAACUCAAAAGAGCAAAGUGUAGGAAAGAUACACAAGACAUGGAACUAGCAAUGGACAUGAUGGUUGUUUUUUCUAAAAACGACGAGAGAAAUGCUGAUCCUGUUAUACUUGAAAGAUUGGCAAAUAAAUUAGAACUACGUAAAAUUGCUGAUUUGGAAGCAGAAACUAUAGCUGUACAAAAAUUAAUUAGACACAGAGGUGUGCCAAAUUCCGAAAGUCUCCAGCAAAUUAUAGACCUUCUAUGCAAGUUUAAACAAAUUGCAGGUAUGGACAAUAAUGUUGCUCUUGAUGGUCCUGUUGUGUCGAAAAGUCUGCGACGAUGUCAAUCUACAUUAAUCCCUAAUGAAUUCCUCUGUCCCAUUACCUUGGAAAUCAUGACAGAUCCUGUCAUUGUGGCUACUGGGCAGACUUAUGACCGAGAAAGUAUACAGAAAUGGUUGAAUUCUAACCACCGUACCUGCCCGAAAACCGGACAAACAUUAGUGCAUUUGUCACUAGCUCCAAAUUAUGCCCUCAAGAACCUCAUUUUGCAGUGGUGUCAAAAGAAUAACUAUAACUUGCCGAAGAAGGAAGUAGUUGCCGGAAUGGGAGAUACUCCACCCGAUCUCGCUCCAGAAAUCUCCUCUUUAGUCCACAAUCUAUCAUCGAGCCAGUUGGAUAUCCAGAGAGAGGCUAUUAUCAAGAUCCGUGUCCUUUCCAAGGAGAACCCUGAGAACAGAGUUUGGAUUGCAAAUAGCGGAGUCAUCCCUCCGUUGGUUAAGCUUCUCUCCUACCCAGAUCUCAAUUUCCAAGAACACACGGUGACCGCUCUAUUGAACUUGUCUAUUGACGAUGCGAAUAAAAGACUUAUAGCGAGAGAAGGAGCAAUUCCAGCUAUCAUAGAAAUCCUGCAGUGUGGAACGGAGGAGGCUAAGGAAAAUUCUGCUGCUGCCCUGUUUAGCUUGUCAAUGUUAGACGAAAACAAGGUUCUGAUUGGUUCUCUAAAGGGAAUUCCGCCAUUAGUAUUACUUCUUCGAGACGGUACAAUCCGAGGGAAGAAGGAUGCUGCAACUGCACUGUUUAACCUGUCACUGAAUCAAGCAAACAAGUCCCGAGCCAUCAAAGCCGGCAUCAUACAGCCCCUUCUCGCUUUGCUGGAGGAUAAGAACUUAGGAAUGGUUGAUGAAGCUUUAUCAAUCUUGUUACUCCUUGCAUCACAUCCCGAGGGACGGGCCGAGAUCGGUAAUAACUCUUUCAUUGAGAUUCUAGUGAACAUCAUAAUAGACGGGACUCCGAAGAACAAGGAGUGUGCUACAUCGUUGCUUCUGGAGCUGGGACGAAACAAUUCGCCUUCCAUUUUGGUUGCACUGCAAUUUGGUGUAUACGAACAUCUGGUAGAGCUAACAAGAUGUGGGACAAGUAGAGCCCAGAGAAAAGCAACCUCACUUUUGCAGUAUAUGAGCAAGUGUGAACACAUUCCCUAACAUUUGUGUAAAGAUUUGUGAUCUUUGUAUUUUAUUUUAGGAACUGUAAAUCAGAAUUUGCUUCUUUUAUUUUGCAUCUUAAUGUUGUUGUUGCUUAAUGUGGCUUUCAAAAACUGACAUAUCAAAUCCUAACCACUGUGUACAUAGCCUUUUAGUUACGUAAUGGUAUAUAACAAGAGGUGUUUUAUCU